AUGCCGGCAAAACGUCUGGGAACGUACCAUGUCCCCGGUACGACUCUGGAAAUGAGCAUGCAUACUAUCGACUCCGGACAAGAUGUGUUCCACCAGCCCUGUACGUUGCUCACUCGAUUACUCAGUUUACUCAAUAGUCUCUUUGUACUGGAGUUAUACAACUCACCCUCGUCAACAUCGUUGGUACCAACCGUAUCCUGCAGUCCUGCUUCAGUCGUUAUUCUGGGCUCUAGCCAGCAAGCUUCUGGAGGGAGCUAUGAGCUUCAUACGACUUCCUCUUACGUACCAACAGCUUCUAUGUCAUGCGGUUGGGCUGUGGACAGCUCUAUGCCACAAUUCGUAUCGCAGCCCACCCGAGACAGCAAAAUUGCUGAGGAGAGCACUUCGUCAGAUAAAUGGAUCUCAGUUGACCCAGCAGUUCAAUCGACUGGCCCCUUGAGGAUGCGUCACUCGGGCCCAUGCAGACAUCUGAUAGACCCACUAGGUAGCAUAGAAGACGUUGAAGGUGACGAGAUGGCUUGUCGGCUAGCCGUUAGUCUUAGAGAUCGAUCUCGUGUGCGUCGGCUGGCACACAAUAGCUUCAUGACAAUUUCGGUGGCAGGUACUGGAUAUCUUACCUGGAAUGAAUUCAAGGGAAGUUACAGAGCUGUCUUCCACGAAGAACCGAGUCUUGAGGAAAUUUCCAAGGAAUUAUCAGAUAUGAUUGAGGUAAAAUUGCAGCUAGAAAUAUAUACUAAACUCUUUUGUAGGCUGAAUAUAUCAACAAUAAACAAAUAA